AUGUUUACAGUGCAAACCAGCACAUGUGCAUUCCAUGUGGAUAUUGGGAGACUCUCCCAGUGCAGUGAGUACUUCCGAGCCUUGUCCCAAUCCAGAAUGAGGGAGACUUCAGAGAGCCUCAUCCUCCUGGACCAUGUGUCCUCCUCCGUCUUCCACAAUCUCCUUGAGUUCUCCUUCCAUAAUAAGUUUAAAGUCCCUCAGGAGGAUUUGGGCUACCACAUCCAGGUCAGCAGCUAUCUCCUGGCUGAGGCCUUCCUCUCAAAGUGUCUGUCAGUCCUCGAACUCAGCCCAGGAAACUGUCAGUCCUACCUUAGUCUGGCUCAGGAUAUCUGCUGUGUGGAGCUGAAGAGGACCGUGUUCACAUACCUGAGUAGAAACCUGCUGGAGCUACCUCACCUCAUAAAGUGUCUGAAGGAUCAGGAGAAAGAAGAAGUUUUCCACCUGAGGAGGACACAUGGAGACCGACGUAUGUGCAGCCUUAGGAAAGAGAACCUGACUACUUGGAAAGACCCGGAAACUGAAAGUGCCCGACAUAUCUUCACCCUCAGAGGCUCAGAGGACAGCGGACACUGGUAUCCAGUCACAGAGCUUCCCUUCAGGGCUGAUAAGUGGUGUUUCACUACAGUGGUGCUGUAUAACUACCUAUAUGUAAUUGGAGGUUACCGGCAGCGUGUGAAGAGAGGCUGGGAGUUCAAGAUGGCCUCCUCACGGUAUAAUCCCUCCACUAAUAAGUGGGUUUCCACAGCUCCUAUGAUUAAGCACAGAAGGCACUUCACUGCAGUGGCCUGUGAAGGCUGUAUCUACGCUGUGGGAGGCUGGUACUUGGACUCACUGGUGACCCCAGACUCCAGCACAGCUCUUUACACAGCUGUAGAACGCUAUGAUCCCUGGAAGGACACAUGGAGGUUUGUCUCCUCACUGCCGCUCAUUGACUUCCAGUUCACCAUGUCCUUGUCCUAUGAUGUGCCACUUGCCACUAGCCUCGGAGAGAGUCUCUACGUGUUGGGGAGCAUCCAGAGGACUGGAGAGAAAUUGCUGCUGCAGUACAACACGAGGCAUGACUCCUGGUCUGAGCUGCUUCCCACCCUCGCCAGAGCAGAUGCAGACCUCCCUACUCUGUAUUUCCUGGGUGCCACUGACAGGCUGGUUAUAAUUGGUGGGAACAACUCAGAAAAUGUGGUCACAUCAUUCUGCGUACAGUCAAAGAGAUGGGGCCAGGUGCACAGGGCGGAGAAAGUUGCAUUUGCAGGACAGGGGACAGUUGUAGGGGACCAGGUCCUCCUGCCAAGUAUAGAGCACAACGCUGUUGCAAGGUUGGAUCUUCAAACUCUCUCCCUCAGCGUUUUUACUCCUCUACCCAUUUCCACCCGCUACGAAUCUGUCUUUUAUCUUCACUUUUAAUGUUAACUUUUUUUUUUUAGACUUUCUGCACAUAUUUUGUGAAUAUAAAGCAUAAAGAGAUAAUCUCCCUAGGCCUACAGUAGAUGGAUAACCAUUAUCUGUUUUAUCUUCUCUCUAAAAUCUCCAUCCUGCAGUUUAAAGUUAACUAGUAAGGGUAUAUUACUGUUAAACGUUUACCUAAAUCACUGUAUAAUAAUAAUAAUAAUAAUAAUUACUUAAUUUUAAAGAAAAUGGAGUGC